GCGCACCCAGCCAGACCUCCCAGGGGCAGCAAAGCGCACAGGAGUCUGAAGCCAGCGGCCAGGGCCCCAGCAGGGAUUCCCUUGCCGGGGCUGGGGCGGCGGUGGCACUGCCCACCCCCCACCCCGCCCUUGGUGACCGCCCCAUGUAACCUGACACUUGGAUCUCCAGGACGACCAACAACAGAAAAGCUGAGGCUGAGACAGCAGCUGGCUGUCAGCAGCCGGGAGUUCCACCAGCUCUGAGGAAGGCGCCCAGGGGCAGGUCAGGAAAGAGGCAUCCGAAAAGGAAGGAAGUGGUGGUGGCUGGGCCGAGGACAGGCCCAGGAGGCUGCUGGGCUCCCCGGCAUGUGCGGUUGCCCCCCAACCCCACACCUGAGUUCCUAGGUGGGUGGGGCCUCCCAGCCCUGUCUCUGCUCAGCACGCCCGCAGGAGCCCGCAGGAGCCCGCAGGAGCCCGCAGGAGCCCGGCAGGAGCCCAGCAGGAGCCCGGCGCACCAUGGCAGCUGCCAGCUUUGUGCAGGAGAUGCGCUCCAUGGGUGAGAAGCUGCUGCUCAAGCUGCAGAGACUACCGCAGGCUGAGCCUGUGGAGAUUGUGGCCUUCUCGGUCAUCCUCCUUUUCACAGCUACUGUGCUGCUGCUGCUGCUGACCGCCUGCUGCCACUGCCACGCUAAGCGCAGACGCGGGAAGGUCCAUGCCCAGCCCGUGACCCCACCGUGAGGGGCAGGCGUGAGGACGGCACGCUGGUGAGGAGGCCGCCAAAGCCAUGACCCUAGGUGCCACCUGGCCCUGCGGCCCUCAGCCCACAAGACCGCGCUCCAUGGCCCCAGCUCCGGCCCUGCCUGGGAACCCGCCACCUGCAACCUUACCAAGGAAGCAAGGGCUGGGACAGCCACCAAACUCUGACCUGCCAGGAAACCCCAGGGGGCCGGGGAGGAGUCAACUGUUUCAAACACCGAGUAAAGAAAAACUGGGGAUUCUUUCCCAACCUGCACCUUUUAACAAAACACAGAAGCAGGGUCCCCAUACUUGGAUGGAGAACAGCCUGCAUCCGUGGGGAGCUGGCCCUUGGGGCCCCCAUGCCAAAGAGGGGCUUUGUGCAAUAGCUACUGGAUCCCAAGCUUCCCACCAGAGGGGAGCAUGUCAGUAUUCUCCUCCAGUAUUUGCCCGUUUCUUUCCCAGUAAAAGCUUUCUGUUUAUGUGUUUCUGCGGCACCAGACUCCCUGGCCUGGGCUUGGUGCUUCCGAAGGGCAAUGUGCCAGAAUUCCAGGGGUGUGGCCAGUGACUGUCCUUGCCAGGCCUCUGCACUCCCUGUGCCCACGAAAGCUGGAAAAACACACAGGCAGGAAUGCCAUGCAAGAGGGAACCAGGGAAGGGUCAGGGUGAAAGUCCCGUUGGUAGCAGCUGUUAACGAGCUCUGGCUCCAGAUGCCCCCACUGCAUGCACCCGGGUUCUGGGCUCAGGAAGGCCACUCCACAGCUUCUGCCACCACUUACUUUACCUGCACACGCCACACCAGCGGGCUCAGGCCACCGGAUCUUCCCAAACUUCUGGAGUCAGAGAAGAGAGGUCAGGCCCCUACUGCUGUCCAUAACCUGCAUCCUGACCCCUCAGUCUUCCCCAUCGUGUACCAGGCUGUCCAGGUGCAAAUCCUCACCCCGCCGCUCACCAGCUGUGUGAAUGCGGCUUAGUGAUUCAACCUCCCUGAGCCACAUUUCCUCCCCUCUGAGACUCCGCUAACCCCGGAAGCUGCCUCCUGGGGUGAGCUUGUGAGGAGAAACUGAGAUGACCUGCAGCAAGCACUUGGCACAGUACUGGGCAUAUCCUAAGCUCUGGAGAUGUGAACCAUCAUCAUUAUCUGCCCCUCUAAACAAGAGCAACAUGGACCCAUUUUAAGGACUGGCCCUGCCACAAUGUAACACCACCCUGCCUCCCUCCUUUCAGUUCACUUUCUCUUCCAGGUAGAGCUAUCGACCCAGGAAAGAGGUUGGGGGAGUAAGAGGUUGGGGGAGUCAAAAGCUCUCCGUGGUACCUCCCCCUCCAUCCCCGCUGGUCCGCCAGAGCCACUAGGGGUGGAGCCCUGUCUAUCUAGAGAAACGGAGUGGAGAGGGAGAUGCCGGGCAGGUGGGAGAAACUCUGCCUGGUUUCACUUCCUGGGGUCCACCAGGUUUGGUUUGGUUGAAGACCCAGAGAGGAAGUCCUUCCACACAAAAGAAAAGAAAUUCAAGAACCAGCCUGUACCCACCCCACAAGAACGGGAUUCAGAGUAACAAUGGUAACAAUGAGGAUGGUGAAGGUGGCAGGUGAUGAUCAGGUUGGUUGAAAUUCCCUGAAGGCUUAUGUGUGCUUGGUCACUGCCUAAAGCAUUUUUUUUUAAAGAUUUUAUUUAUUUGAGAGAGAGAGGGGAGGGAGGGCACAGAGGAAGAGGGAGAGGGAGAAGCAGUCUCCCCGCUGUAGCAGUCUGAUGUGACGUUAGAUCCCAGGACCCGAGGAUCAUGACCUGAGCCGAAGGCAGACACUUCACCAACUGAGCCACCCAGGCGCCCCAAGCCUAAAGCAUUCUGAUGCAGGUGAUUUUGUUUGAUCACAACAGCCUCAGUGCCAUGGGUACCAUUAUUAUCCCUAUUUUAGAAAUGAGGAAAUUGAGCCUUAGUGACACUGGGUCACUUUCAUAAGUUCAACCAGCUAAAAAGUGGCAGAGUCAGCCUCUGGGCCCAGCCCACCCAGCUGCAGAGCCCCUGCCUGCCACACCCAGGCCCUGAAGCCUCCCAGCUGCAGUGCAGAUAAGACUCCCAUCCCAUUAUCCUCCAUCAACCAAUCUUAGAUCCCACACCCCAAACUGUCUUAAAAUCACCUCCCUGUGAGUGGGUGGAGCCCGAAGAAGAAGUAAGAGGUAGGGUGGGGCCCAACUAAGUCUCCCUCCCAGAAGGAAAACAGGGAAGAUGGGAGGGACCCAAAUGGGAAACCCUGCCCUUUUCAGUCCAGGCACCAAGAGCUGGAGGGGCCCCAGGAAGCCCUCAAUUGAGGAGAUGCUCAACAGCGGGGCAGCCCAAUUCCCGUGGGCCUCUCCCUUAAGCAAGUUUACAUCAGCACUAAGAAUGUCCCUUCCUGAGGCUGUGCCUCUUUGCUAGGAGAUUCUGGCCCCAUGGUCUGGCUGCCAAGAGGUGGUGACCAUGGGCCGUUUCUUUGGCAUUCUCCUCCUCCUAACUGCUGAGCCCAAAUAAGAUGCCAUCCUUGCGCUGCUGGGAAGGCUUACUCCUUCCCACUUGGCAGCAAACUGGCCCACGCAGAGCCCCACCACUAAUGGCUCCCCACGGCAGUCCUGGGCAGGCUUCGGUGCCACUCAGCUCAACAAAUCAGAUCGGCUCCAGUGCGACAGCAGCCUGGCACACUCCCAGCACGGGUCUUCUAGGGAAGAGAGGCAGGGAGAGGAAGCAGCAAUCCCCCCAUUGUGGGAAAGAACAAACAAGAGAGGUACAGCAAUGGUGGCCAUGGAACGGGAGGCCAGCAGGCUGUCUGUGCCCUGAAGGGCAUCUGGCUAUCACAGGUCUCCAUUCCUGCCACCAGGUCCACUGGAACGAGCCACCCCCAAGUCUGCCUGUGAUCAUUGCUGCACCAAUUUCCCAGCCUCAUCAGGCCUCCCCUGACUCUGGCCUCUACUCCACAGGAGCCUCUCGCUUCCUCCAAAGAUCCACACUCAAGAUCCUGUGCAUUUUACCGGCUAUUAUGCCUUAUCAGAAACCACAGUAGAGGGGCGCCUGGGUGGCUCAGUUGGUUAAGCGACUGCCUUCGGCUCAGGUCAUGAUCCU